AUGACCACCGAUAAAGGGUGCUGGGUCAUCGGCUACGGGCUGCUUAUGUUCAAGCCGCCUCCCCACACGGCGUUCCGCGUCGAGGGCUUCAUCAACGGCUAUAUCCGCCGCUUCUGGCAGAGCUCGAGCGACCAUCGCGGCACUCCCGAAGCCCCAGGACGAGUGGUGACUUUGGUCCUGCUCAAAGAUCUUCAAACACAUGCUCAGUUUGCUGGCCACCACGUGUUUGAGCUGGCCAAACCCCUCGAUCAGCUCGUACCAUCGGACUUACCCGUACAAGCAGCAGCCUACUAUAUCGAGCCCCAGCACGUUGACGAAGUCAGGGAGUACCUAGACGUGAGGGAACAGGACGGGUAUACUGCCCACCAUAUUCCUUUUUACGUUACCCAGACGCUGGACUUGGAUCACCCGGCAUUAGUUCAGCUUGAUGUUGACUCUGAAACCGCUCUCCCCGUGAUCAUGCUGACAAUCUAUAUAGGCACGGUGGAAAACGAGCUGUUUGUUGGCCCUGAACUGAUCUCUGACACCGCUAAUGUCAUCAGGAAACUGAAAGGACCGCUGGGAGAGAACGUCGAGUAUAUGGACCGCUUGGUGGAAGCACUGCCGGAUAAGUACUUGACUGAGCUUCAGCAACACGUGAGAGCCUUGCAUUGA